AAUGGCCGACGAGCUGGAGAGAGUACGAAUUUCAGCCGCGGAGCUCCGAGAAGAAGCGUCGAAUUUUACUUCACACCGCGACAGUUUAAAAGAAUUGCGAGAGGAGGGUAAGAAACAAUGGCAACGAGAUGGUAAACGUCCAGACCUGCAGCGGUACAAACCUGGUGGUGGUCAGUCAAGCAGACGCAAGGACAGCGCAGGAGAAGCACACAUUGCUUUUUCAGACAGCAUGCAUCCCCAAGGAGAUUGCAGUUCUGAUAAUGACGUGAAAAGGCCUGGCAACUCACCAACCAGUCCUGAAUGCUCUUACAACCAUGGAAUAGACAGCAGAGACUUUCCAAAUGACAGUCAGCCUGAGACAAAGGAUCAUAAUCCUAAAGAAUGUGUAAGCGAUAAAAACCACCAACUUAUGGAUGGAAACGCUGUUAAAAGCAGUGACGCCACCAGUGCUGGUACAUCCAGGUCUCCAAAGCAGUCUCGAAAGAUGCGUAAACCUGACCGUGAGAUAUAUCAACCAGGGGGGCGGAGGUCUCAAGGAAACAGAGAAACUGGGACAAGCAAAGAACUCGACGGUGUCACCAGAGAGGACAAAAAGAAAGAAGCAGCAGUGGGUGAUAAAUCAGUGGAAAAAGAUGAUUGUAUGUAUUUACCUGUGGAGGAAGUGAAGGAGAAAGAGGAAAAGCAAAGAAACAGAUGGGGAAAAGAUAGCAGGAAAAUGCAAGAUCAAGGAAAACAGUCUGAAGGAAAUGUAGACUCCCCCUCUGCAAACAUCAGCGAGAGUAAUGUCGAGAGUAUAACUGGUAAAGUCAACAAUCUCUGCAUCAGCGGUCAAGCUAGAGUAGAGUCGGAGAAAAAUAGAGAGGAAGGUAGGCAACAUGGUCCUCACAGGAGAAAACCUAGUGGAGAAGGACGAAGAGGCCAAGCUGGGGUGGGAGAGGACCAAAAAAAAGAAAAGGGAAAUGGGAAAUCCAGACCAGGAAAGGAGAAGGAAAGCAACCAGGUAUUCCCUAAAAAAGAGGAAGGGGAGGUAAGAGGAAGAGGCUCUGAGACAACUCAACCUGAGCAAGAGAAAUGUAAAAGACCAGAGGGAAGACGACAGAGAAAUGUAGGUGGAAAAGAAGGAAGCCGUGACCAGAAUCUUAACCACGAAAAACAAAGAGGCAACAGACUGAAAUUUAAGGGUGGAGACAGAGGGAAAAUAUCUGAAGGAGCAGAUUCAAACAGAAUCAACUCCGUGUCAAAGCGUUACUCUGAGUCGGAUAUCCGACGACCUCGAAACCGCACCUACAGCACAAGUUCGGCCAGUAGUGGGACCAGCAUGGACGGGCUUGCUGAGGCUGAGAGAUGGAGGGCAGAGGGUGCAAUUACGGAGUCAGCGGUACGCACUACAGAGAGAACAUCCGGACAGAGGGAGUUUGUCCGAGGGAGCCAAACCCGGCAGAGGAGGAGGACAGCUCGAACCUUGUCGUCCACCGACUCGCUGGAGGAAAAUGAGGCCUGGGAGAGAGAAGAUAAAAGAGAUCUAAGAGAUCGAGAUGCUGAAGAUGCAAGGACCUCUCACAGGGGUCUUGAAGGGGGCGGUAGAGGCCUAAGAGCAUCUUGUGGUCGAGGAGGUAUCUUAAGAGUGUCUUUGGACAAGCAUUCAAGCACAUCCUCAGGUGCCAAUGAGGAACAAGCAAGCCAGAAAAAACUAAACCCGAGAGGUCAUGGAAGGGGCAUCCUGGUUCUUCCCGCCCACACGGAUCUGACUAUGGCCCCUGAGCCUGGCCCUCAGCUUGGUGGAAUGAGAGGUGGAAUGGGUUUGAGCAGAGGAAGAGGGGGUCGUGGAGGUGGGACAAGACGCCUUUGGGACCCAAACAACCCAGAUAAGAAACCAGCUCUUGUGUCAAGCAAACAGUCUCAGAAUGCAUCUCUCCAUCAGGCUUUGUAUUUUCAACAGGGUGGAUAUGGCACCUUGCACUUCCUGGACACUGAUGAUGAAACGACUGGAAGUCCUCCGGUCCGCCAGGGGGAGUACCUCCAAAAUCAGCAAGCUACUGCAAUGGCUUACUACAAAUUCCAGAAUUCUGACAACCCCUACUGCUAUCCCUUAGCAGCCAAUUCCCCGAACACCCCACCACGUUAUCCAUACCCAUAUACUAUUCCCUACCAAAUUCCUGGUUCUAAUGGAAUGUAUCCCGCCUCUGCUAUGCCACCUUUUUAUGGACCCUAUGGGCAAAGUUACCCUCUUCCAGGGGGGUCCUCUCUCACCCCAGAAGAGGCAGAGGUACAAACCGGAGGGGAGCUGGGAAAGUUGCUGCGGUUGGCUGACAGUCAAGAGCUGCAGCUCAGUAAUCUGUUGUCCCGGGACAGACUGAGCCUGGAAGGACUGGAGAGGAUGGCCCAGCUCAGGGCUGAACUCCUAACGUUAUACGAGCGGGUGAUUUUGACAGACAUAGAGUUUUCAGACUCUCAGAAUCUGGACCAGGCGCUGUGGAAGAAUGUGUUCUACCAAGUGAUUGAGAGGUUUAGGCAGUUACUGAAGGACCAGACCUCAGACACCUCCCCACAGAUCAAAACUAUGCUUAUGUCCAUACUGGAAGAGGGGUCAUUAUUCUUCGACUCACUGCUGAAAAACCUGCAGACAGUGUUUCAGUUCAAGUUGGAAGACUAUAUGGACUGCAUGGCUAUACGAGCAAGACCUUUACGCAAGACGGUGAAGUAUGCUUUGAUCAGUGCCCAGCGCUGCAUGAUCUGUCAGGGAGAUAUCGCACGAUAUCGUGAACAGGCCAGUGACUCUGCUAACUAUGGGAAGGCACGAAGUUGGUAUCUGAAAGCUCAGCAGAUUGCGCCAAAAAACGGGCGACCUUACAACCAGCUGGCUCUGCUAGCAGUAUACACGAAGCGAAAGCUUGAUGCUGUUUACUAUUACAUGCGUAGUCUAGCUGCGAGUAACCCAAUCCUCACAGCCAAAGAGAGCCUGAUGAGUUUGUUUGAGGAAGCCAAGCGCAAGGCUGACCAGAUUGAACGUAGACAGAAGCAGGAUAUAGAUGGAGAUACUCGUGGCCCUAAAGGUCAUGCAGGUGGGCGUGGUGGUCGGGGGGAAGACACCACCCGUGUAGAGAUCUGGAUUCUUCCAAGUGGACAUCCAGGCACGUCUCGUACAAAGGGAAGCGAAUCGGGAAAAGACUCGGAGCAGGACGGGGAGCUGGGCAUUCUGAGUGCCAGUGAUCUUAAUAAGAGAUUCAUUUUGAGUUUCUUGCACUCUCAUGGAAAGCUCUUCACCAAAGUAGGAAUGGAGAGUUUUCCUGCUGUAGCCAGUAAAGUACUGCAGGAGUUUCGGGCCCUCCUCCAGCAUAGCCCCUCCCCACUCGGCAGCACGCGCAUGCUGCAGAUUAUCACUAUCAACAUGUUCGCCAUCCAUAACGCACAGAUCAGAGCUAAAGGGCAGGGUGAAACUCGAUCUGUUUUGGAGGAGCAGACCACAUCUUUAGGUUUAGCUAUGUUUGGUCUGCUGGUGCAGCGUUGCACUGAACUUUUGAAGGAAACGCCGGCUGAGCCAAUCCCUGCAGAAGAAUUGGGGGAGUUUGAUGAGAUGGAUGAUGAGGAGGGGAUGGUACGUGUGUCUGCGUUCACCUCUGACCUCCGAGAGCUGCUGCCCAGCAUCAAGGUCUGGUCUGACUGGAUGCUUGGACACCCAGAACAGUGGAACCCACCUCCAUGCAGUAUGCCGGGAAGUCCAGAUGUGUGGCAAUGCCUGGCGGACCUGUGCAACUCUCUGGCACGCGUGUAUCACAGUGAGUCUCUGCUGUAUAAAGCCGAUGCAGAUGGAGAAGGAGAUGAGGAGCUCCGAGUCCUGCAGCUAGAGGAGGAUAAAAUGCUGGCUGGGUUUGUCCCUCUGCUUGCUGCUCCGCAGGAUCCCUGCUAUAUAGACAAGGGAGCAGAUACGGUCAUAGCAGCUGACUGUAAAAGAGUGACUGUUCUGAAGUACUUCCUGGAGGCUCUGUGUGGACAGGAGGAGCCACUGCUGGCAUUUAAGGGAGGGAAGUAUGUUUCAAUGGCAUCAUCUCCUACACCCAGCAUAAGUGCAGAGGACAAGACGCAAGCACAAGAACAGGAUGAUGAUGUCAUUGUGGAGGAAUCGUCUCUCUCGGCAUCGGAAGGAGAGAUAGAUGGAGAGAUGGAAGGAGACGGAAGUGAGGAUGAUAUUAGAGAGCUGAGGGCACGGCGCCACGCUCUCACACACAAGCUAGCACAGCAGCAAAAACGCAGGGACAAGAUUCAGGCUGUUUUGCAGACUGGUGGGCAGCUGGAGAUUGAGAUCAGACCGUUCUAUUUGGUUCCUGACACAAACGGCUUCAUAGAUCACUUGGAUGGCCUGAGGAAGCUUCUGGCCUGUGGAACAUAUGUCCUGGUUGUGCCCCUUAUUGUGAUCACCGAGUUGGACGGUCUAGCUAAAGGGCAGGACAGUCGUGAAGGGAUCGGGAAUGGCACACAUGCUAGGCAGGUGCAGGAGAAAGCCAAAGCAUCAGUGAUGUUUCUGGAAAAAGCCUUUGAGUCUAGAGAUCCCUGCAUCAGAGCGCUCACCAGCAGAGGAAACACGCUGGAGUCAAUUGCCUUCCGCAGCGAAGACACCUCUGGACAAAAGGGCAACAACGAUGAUGUCAUCCUGUCCUGCUGUCUGCACUACUGUCAGGACAAAGCCAAGGACUUUAUGCCUGCUGAGAGAAAUGGGCCGGUGAGGUUGCGCAGGGAGGUGGUCCUGCUCACAGAUGACCGCAACCUGCGAGUCAAAGCUCUCACACGCAACGUUCCGGUCCGAGACAUUCCGGCGUUCCUGAGCUGGGCUAAAAUAGGCUGAACCACAGACCAGAUCUACUGCUGUACAAACCAUUCGUCCUCCACUACAACAGUUGGAGAGGAAAUUAUGUCCGAGAGAGAGAGAGGAUGAAUAUAAAGGGGGAAAAUACAAGCUUUUUGUCUGACAGAAAGAGCACAGAGUGAGAAACCAAACCACUUUAUGAGAAACGGAGAUCUUCCCCUAAAAAUGCAGCGUGCAUGGACAGCAGCUUGCUUCUGAGAGAGAAAGGAAAGUAUGGAGGGGUGAAACCAGUUUAGCUGAUUUAGGGGUUUGUUUGAAGUAUAGAAGGCCUGGAUGAAGAGACAUCAGUGAAUGCAUGCAGGGUGUUAGAGCGAAACCAGCAUUGGCCCAUCUGCUGUUUAGAGUGCCAGCUUGCAGUGAUUGUGUGGAAUCACAGAGAAAGAGUGGCCAGUUGCGCUGGUAAUGAGUUCGUUUCAGUGUGAGGAAGAUUUCUCUAUGCAAAUAGAGAACUUAUUUCGCUCCUCAAUGGUCUGUUAUGAGGUGAGAGCUCCAGUAGGAGGCAGUGUGAGGGGGUCAGAGCGAUGAGACAUUCAGCUUGAUGUCCCCUCUUGCUCUUGUUCUGUGGCCUGGAAGGCACAUGUGUGUAAUGCCGUUUAUUGUGUUGUUUCAUUGCCUUAGUGCAUGCUUUUGUUUGCUCCAAGCAUGAUUAUUUUAAUGCUCUUAUGACAUACAUGUGUAUUUAAGUCAGCGUUGCAUUUCAAUUCAUUUAUCAGUUAUCAAUAACAGUUCAUUUAUCAGUUAUCAAUCACAAUUUAGUUCUAACACCGUUGUAACCAUCUAAUCUUCUGUAGUAGCUCUAUGAAAACAUCUUUGAUUCACAAAUUCUAUAUGUAAUUAUGUCAAGAUAUAAAAAUAUAACCUCAGUUACUCCUGAAUAAAAGUAUUUUCAACACUGAUGUCAAGUAAAUACUGAUGUAAUUAAUUGGUUAUGAGAGUAGUCUUAACACUACACAUUUCUGUUUAAGGAAGAGUCUAAAUGUCACGGUGCUUCUGUUGCAUUACUGAAAAUUCAAGUGUACCUGUCACUAAAUAAAAAAAAUAAAAGCUGCACUUUUUCUGCGGUUGUUCAAACAUCUCUGUGGAAAAACAUUUUGAAAGACAAAAGACAAUGUACCAAAAAUGGUGAAACCAGAUGUAUGCAUUUGUUUAACUGACAUCCAGUACACUGCAUUGCUUGUUCACAAACACAGCAGAGUCUAAAAAUGUGUUUAAUUCAUAGUUUUUCCUGUAGAGCUUUAAAAAGGUCAUAAAUAUUAUUUGCCAGCCUGUAUUAAUAUGUUUGUCUCUCCUUGCAUGUAGAAAUAGAUUUUCUGAGUUGAUUUUUUUUUUUUUCCAUUUCCACAGAUAAACAUUAGUUUUAAUGUGAAUUCUUGAGAAUAAAUGUUAUUCAUCAUUUUAGAGCUAAUUUGUUUUAAUGGUCAAAGUAUCUUCCUCACUUUAUUGUUCCUUUUGUUGCGAUACCAUUGUUCUGUUGUAACAUGAGGUCUUUUGUUUUUAAUGUCGUAAAAUUGAUUAAAAAUUCAUUGGA